UGACUAGGUUGAUAGGGAUAUAACUUCGGGUCGACCCAAAUGUAUAGUCCAUUGAUCCAAUAUAUAAACACCCUUUCCAUUCGCAAACCCUAAAUCUGUUUGUUUUUGUUGCUGUCUGCCGCGCCUUACUACACUUCACAGACAGAGAAAUGGGUGCUUACAAGUACGUUUCUGAGCUAUGGCGGAAGAAGCAAUCGGAUGUUAUGGGAUUCGUGCAGCGUAUCAGGUGCUGGGAGUAUCGUCAACAAUCUUCCAUUGUUCGUACACGAUGAAAAGCAUCUAGGUACAAGAUCAACCUAGUCCCUCUCUCCCUCUCUCUCCCUCUCCCUCUCGCUCUCUCUCUCCCUCUCCCUCUCCCCCUCUCCCUCACCCUCACCCUCACCCUCACCCUCCCCCUCCCCCUCCCUCUCUCCCUCUCUCUCUCUCUCUCUCUCUCUAUUCCAAUUCCAACAAAUUGAGUAACUCUUGUAUUGUAAGCAAUUACUCCAAUAGUAUUUUUCCCUUUUUCUAACGAACUCCAAUCCACUACUAGCCGAUCAUCAUAUAACCGCCUCCACUCACUCCAAUCCACUGCAAUCCACUAUUUCACAUGUUCAUCUUCUUCUCAUUCAUUCUUCAACAACCUACACUGCGAUUUCCGUUUCUUCUUUCGCGAUGAAUCGCUUAAAGGACAUUUUCCGCCACAUAUCCAAAUCCAAUAUCAACAUGCUUCUUGAUUUUCACUCAAACAUUCUUCAAAACCCUAACACUAUUACUCUAUCUCGCCGAUUUGGAACCCAACUCGAUCAUCAAUUGAACAGAGAUUUUUUCCUCAAACUUUGGGUUUCUGAUGCCAAAAUGCAAAACCCUAAAGGUAGUAAGAAAUCGAUCAAAUUUCAUCGUGUUGAUCUUGUACCUAGAUGUUUUUCUGCUGCAUCAAUUGAUUCUGUUACAAACAAACUUAAACGGGGUAUGAAGCAACCUCCUAUAAGCCAAUCGUUUCCAGAGUUUUCAAAAUCGGAAUCUCCAGAAGAGGCCAAGGUAGCACCUCUGCUUGCCAGAUCCAACUUGCUAAUUACCAGAAAUAUUGAGUGGGCCAAUCUUGUUUUGGGAUUUGAACAGGAAAAUCGUUAUGCCAUUGUAGAUGCAUGCUACCCACAGUCGCCUGUAGGGUUAAUUCGUGAACAGAGCAACUUCAUUGCCAGACAGUUGCUUCGUCUGAGGAGGCCUUUUGUUGCACUCAUUACUGAUGCUUUGGGGAAUGAGCUCUUUAGGGUCCGUAGACCCUUUUGGUGGAUAACAAGCUCAAUUUUUGCGGAAAUUGAUGGUAAGGAAGUUGGAGUAGUUCACAGGCGGUGGCAUCUCUGGAAAAGAAUCUAUGAUUUGUACCUCGGGAAUGAGCAGUUUGCGGUGGUUGAGAAUCCUGGCUUUUGGAAUUGGACAUUCACCUUGAAAGAUUUUGAUGGUGAGGUGCUUGCUCAAAUAGAUCGUGAUUGGAGGGGUUUUGGCUUUGAGAUUCUAACUGAUGCUGGUCAGUAUGUGAUUCGAUUUGGAAGUUCUGACCCCGGCUCCAAGAUUGGCCUUGCUAAUGCGAUUCAAGACCUUGGUGUCAGUCGCCCACUUACCCUCGCGGAGAGAGCCGUUACGGUAGCUCUUGCAAUAUCACUUGAUAAUGACUACUUCUCAAGACAUGGAGGCUGGGGAUUACCCUUCUUGGAGGUUGGCGAGUAAAUUUGAUUUGACAGACAGUAUCAUCUGGUUUUCUACUGGCACUGUAAUCCCUGAGGGGCCAUUCUUUACCAAGUAGUUUUUAAAUUGGUGUUCUAAGACAACACCAAGGAUGACUCCAUUCACAUACACAUGAUAGGUGAUAUACUAAGGUUUAUUUGUUAAUGUAACAAAAUGAGGAUUUUAAUUUUUUUUUUUUUUUUUUUUGUGAAUGAGGGUUUAACUCUGAUAUUUACUUUUGUUUGUUGAUUUCUUUUGCUGGAUGGCAAGGUGAUGAGAUAAUCCUGAUUAUUGCUUUGUUAGUUGGUU